CCCGAAUUUAUGUGUGAAUUAAGCACUAACUACACCAAAGACCGCGAUUAUCUUCAACUUUCACCUUUAAUACAGCCGUCUCACCACCCACCAUGAGCUACGGCAAGAAAGAUGAAGAUGCCGACCUCGGCCUGGUCAAGGUCGAUCGCACCCAAGUUUUCCAAGAAGCUCGAUUAUUCAAUAGUUCACCAAUUCAACCACGAAGAUGUCGCAUUCUCCUAACCAAGAUUGCCCUCCUCCUAUAUACCGGCGAGAAAUUCCCGACAAACGAAGCCACUACUCUGUUCUUCGGUAUCUCGAAGCUAUUCCAGAACAAGGAUGCCAGCUUGCGACAAAUGGUUCAUCUGGUCAUCAAGGAGAUUGCCAACUCGGCAGAAGAUAUUAUUAUGGUUACGAGUACCAUAAUGAAGGAUACGGGUGGUAGCACAGACGCAAUCUACAGACCGAAUGCCAUACGAGCCCUAUGUCGCAUUAUCGACGCGACAACUGUCCAAUCGAUCGAGCGUGUAAUGAAGACCGCGAUAGUCGACAAGAACCCUUCAGUAUCCUCCGCCGCCCUUGUAUCUUCCUACCAUCUCCUCCCGAUCGCCAAGGACGUCGUUCGACGAUGGCAGUCCGAAACUCAGGAGGCCGCCGCCUCGACCAAGUCCUCGGGUGGCUUCUCUCUUGGCUUUUCAUCUUCCUCCGCUUCGCUCCCGGUCAACAACUCAACUAUGACCCAAUACCACGCCAUUGGCCUCCUAUAUCAGAUACGAUCUCAUGAUAGGAUGGCUCUGGUUAAGAUGGUGCAGCAGUUUGGUGCCGCUGGUGCUGUCAAGAGCCCUGCCGCUAUAGUAAUGCUGGUCAGGUUGGCUGCGCAAUUGGCCGAGGAGGAUCAAUCUCUCAGGAAGCCCAUGAUGCAGCUACUAGACGGAUGGUUAAGGCAUAAGAGUGAAAUGGUCAACUUCGAGGCAGCCAAGGCAAUCUGUGAUAUAAGAGAUGUUACGGACGCCGAAGUCACCCAAGCUGUUCAUGUGCUGCAGCUAUUCCUGUCUUCGCCUCGUGCCGUAACCAAGUUCGCCGCCCUCCGAAUUCUACAUAACUUUGCUUCCUUCAAACCGCAAGCCGUCAACGUCUGCAACCCAGAUAUCGAGGCGCUCAUCUCUAACAGCAACCGAUCAAUUGCUACGUUCGCUAUUACUACGCUCCUGAAGACCGGAAAUGAAGCAAGUGUAGAUAGGUUGAUGAAGCAAAUCUCCGGAUUCAUGUCCGAAAUUACGGACGAAUUCAAGAUUACUAUCGUUGAGGCCAUCCGAACCUUAUGCCUCAAGUUCCCGAGCAAACAAGCUGGUAUGCUUUCUUUCUUGAGCGGCAUCCUGCGCGACGAAGGCGGUUACGAGUUCAAGCGGGCCGUGGUAGAAAGCAUGUUCGAUCUCAUCAAGUUCGUGCCGGAUUCCAAGGAAGAUGCUCUCGCUCACCUCUGCGAAUUUAUCGAAGACUGCGAGUUUACAAAAUUGGCUGUUCGUAUCCUCCACUUACUAGGUUUGGAAGGUCCCAAGACUUCUCAGCCUACCAAGUACAUCCGGUACAUCUACAACCGUGUCGUGCUAGAGAACGCCAUUGUGAGAGCGGCAGCCGUAACCGCUCUAGCCAAGUUCGGUGUGGGUCAGAAGGACCCUGAAGUCAAGCGUAGCGUCGACGUUCUGUUGACUAGGUGCUUGGAUGACGUGGAUGAUGAAGUCCGUGACCGUGCUGCGCUCAACCUGAGAUUAAUGCACGAGGAGGACGAUUUGGGUGAACGCUUCAUCAAGAACGAGAAUAUGUUCUCACUACCUUACUUCGAGCAUCAGCUUGUCAUGUAUGUAACAUCCGACGAUAAGUCAGCUUUCGAAACUCCGUUCGAUAUCAGCCAGAUCCCGGUCGUCACCCGGGAACAAGCGGACGCCGAGGACCGCACGAAGAAGCUUACGGCCACUACCCCAUCUCUAAAGCCGCAAAAGACAGGACCCACAAAGGCGGUGCCGACUGGCGCGGAGGCGCAAGCUUCGGCGGCCGCUGCAGCGCAGAAGUACGCCCAAGAACUCCUGUCUAUCCCAGAGAUGAAAGAGUUCGGCAGUGUCCUCAAGUCGUCUCCUGUGGUUGAGUUGACCGAGGCCGAAACUGAGUACGUCGUAUCAGUCGUCAAGCACAUCUUCAAGGAACACAUUGUGCUCCAGUACGAGGUUAAGAACACGCUUCCAGCUACUGUCCUCGAAAACGUGUCAGUGGUGGCAACGCCAUCGGACGAAGAAGAACUGGAGGAAGUAUUCAUUAUCCAGGCUGAGAAGCUCCCUACGGAUGAGCCCGGAAAGAUCUACGUGGCAUUCAAGAAAGCGAACGGCGAAGGAUCACUGCCAACUGCCACCUUCUCCAACAUACUCAAGUUCACGAGCAAGGAGAUCGAUCCUACUACCAACGAGCCUGAAGAGACUGGCUACGACGAUGAGUACGAGGUAUCAGACUUCGAUCUUGCCGGUAGCGAUUACGUGAUACCCACGUUCGCAGGUAACUUCAAUCACGUGUGGGAACAGGUGGGCGCGGCUGGCGAGGAGGCUGAAGAGACGAUGCAGCUGUCUGGCGUGAACAGCAUCGCAGAUGCUACGGAGCAACUUACCAAGGCGCUCUCCCUACAACCACUGGAAGGUACAGAUGUACCGGUAAACCAGACCACACAUCAACUCAAGCUCCUGGGCAGGACAGUCAACGGCGGAAGGGUAGUGGCAAACGUCAGGAUGGCGUACUCGUCGAAAUCGGGAGUAACAACCAAGAUUAUAGUACGCAGCGAGGAGGAGAAUGUUGCUGCCAUGGUGGUGGCAUCCGUCGCGUAAUAAUGAUGGUUUCUGGAAAGGCGUUUCUGCAAAAAAUGACGAGCGAUGUCCUUUCGGUUUUGAGGGUACCUUAUGCAUAUUACUAGAGAAUGGAGAAAGGGGUGAGCAGCAGGACUUGUGCGAUCCUAUGCGAAAUAAGGACCGAGUCAUCCGUGUUUAUAGGAAGUGUCAAGAUGAAUUUAUGGUAACUUCUUGAGUGCCAGAACGAACCCAAGAGGUUGAAGCCGAGUAGGUAUGAUGAAUUGAUCAGUAUAAUAAGUUCUAA